AUGGCUUUAGUCUUUAGAGUAGCAAUGCAAUUUGUUGGAAUUUUGCUAUCUCUGCUGGGAUGGGUUUUAUCCAUUAUUACGACUUUUUUGCCACACUGGAAAAACCUCAACCUGGACUUAAAUGAAAUGGAAAACUGGACCGUGGGACUCUGGCAGGCCUGCGUCACCCAAGAGGAAGUGGGGAUGCAAUGCAAGGACUUUGAUUCUUUCCUGGCUUUGCCCGCUGAGCUCAGGAUCUCCAGGAUUUUAAUGUUCCUCUCAAACGGCCUGGGAUUCCUGGGCCUGCUGGUCUCGGGGUUUGGCCUGGACUGCUUGAGAACUGGAGAGGGACAGCAGGAUGUCAAGAAGCAGCUGUUGAUCCUGGGAGGAAUUCUGGUCUGGACAGCAGGCGUCACAGCCCUUGUUCCUGUCUCUUGGGUCGCCCACAGGACAGUCCAGGAGUUCUGGGAUGAGACCAUCCCCGAGAUUGUGCCCAGGUGGGAGUUUGGGGAGGCCCUCUUUAUCGGCUGGUUUGCUGGAUUUUCUCUCCUGCUCGGAGGGUGUCUGCUAAACUGGGCCGCCUGCGGAACCCAGGUUCCCCUGGCUUCCGGCCACUAUGCAGUGGCAGACAUGCAAACUCAGUGUUCAUACCUGGAAAAUGGAACUGCCAAUCCUUCAAUGUAA